GAAGGAAAGCCUUUGAGGAGAGGGUUCCUGGAAGAACAUCCAACCUCGUUAACAAUGGCUGCUUGGUUGUCUUCUUGUGCUGCCGGUUUUCCCGAGAAACCAAGGCAGUUGGAAGACACGCUGUAUUUCUUGACUAAGUUUUGGUAGGGAGAGACUUGGGCAAGUGUAUGUAGAGCUCUGUGUGGAGGAGGCUUCUUGCAGAAAGCUUAGCAGCACAGUUUGCUUCCAACUGUGUGCUUUGUGCCUGUUAAAGCAGGCAUCCUCCUCUUCUGGGCUUUGAAGCCUGUGCUGACAGGGCAGGGAACACUUGGCUUGGGAUGUGUGUUCCGCUCCUUAUGGAUAUCAAAGAGGGUCCAAGCAAGUGAAGCCUGGCUGUGGGAGCCCCGUUGUGGCAGCAAGCUCCAUAAAUAAGCAGCAAGUAGGUGUGUGCUUAUGCUAGGAGUACAAUGAAAUGUUUUGGCAAACAGUUUACUUGCUGCCUGUGAGAAGUGGAUUGCUGGUCCCAGGCUCUGGGAAUCAGAGGUGGGGAGCAAGAGUCACCAAUAUUUUACUUCUUGGUAGAUGGGAGGCGGAGUAGUUGCCUACCUGGUGAGUUGUCAUGUGCACAGUGUAAAGAAGUCUGUAUAAAUCUCACUGUUGUUUUUCAACCCCAAAUUGUCCUGGGCAGUGAUUGAAGAUGCUUGGAAAUAGCACAGCUUCUGCCAAUAAGGAGCCAGUGCAAGAGAAUGAGAACAGGAGGUCCACCUGAGGAAGAAAGACAUUUUUCACUUGUGAGAUCUGAGUGAGAAGGAGAGCAGAGUCAGGGAGUGCAUUGUCCAGAUCUAUGGGGACAGUCUCUUGCAUCCUGCCAGGAAUCUGGAGGAUAUGGUAUGCUGGAGGGGGAUGUUUAGGUGAUACUGUGCUUCUGAGAUUCUUGGUUGACAUUGAUAAUUGAGCAACUUAAAUCUGUUGUCUUGGACAAGAUGUUACUCUGACUUUGCAAAUCCCAGGCCAUGUUGUUGGCAUUCUGGCAGUGAUGCACUUUUUGUCUGUCUUUUUGCUGGCUGGAUGCCAUUCUGCUCCUAGCUGGCUGACAGACCUCGUGCAGGCUUGUCAGGUAGUCUUCUGUUCAGCAGUGAAGAACCGGGUUUCGUUGAUGUGGGACUACUGUUUAAAUGUUUGUGUUUGGGUGAUCCUGGAGUAGGGGCUCUGUGGUAUGUACAGAAAUGUAAGAGUGGGACAAAAAUGAGUAGUUUUCCCGUGCUGUCCUCAUCCUUUCUCCAGGAAAUCUGGUUCUGUUACCCAUUUUCCAUGCAUUCGAGUCCUGUGUGAAAAGCACGUGUGGCUGGGCUUCACGAGCAGGAAGGCAGGAUGCUGUCGAGACCAAAGCCUGGGGAGUCCGAGGCAGACCUGCUGCGCUUUCAGAACCAGUUCCUGGCAGCCAGAGCUUCUCCUGCAGUGAAGAUUGUGAAGAAAGCAGACAAGAGGAAAGGGAAGGAAGGGAGCACAGAUGCUGAGAGACCCCCGCUACAGGACAGCAAAGAUGUAGUCAUGUUGGAUGGCUUUCCUGAUACUCUCCCAGCUCUAACUCCAGCUCCUCCAAAAAAGUCCAGGAUCAAAAGUGCUAGUGUCCACUUUGAGGAUGAAGAUCCAGAGGAAAGAUUGGAGAGUCAUGAUCGACACAUUACAGCAGUCUUCAGCAAAAUUAUUGAACGAGACACAAGUGCAGUAGCAGUGACCAUGCCAGUGCCCACGGGAGACCCAUUCCCAAGGACAUUUCACCGCUCUGAGAUAAAAAGUGAGGUGCAGCUGGGACCUGGAAGAAAAAGCAUCUUUGCACAGAAGAUGGCAGCAAAAAGAGCUGCUGAAAAGGCAGCGACGGCUCCCUCUGCUGCCGAGUGCGUGGAAGUACCAUCAGCUGCUCCGGAUGCCUUGGAUCCUGUGGGAUCCGUGGGAGAGGCGCCUCUCCCCGGCAGCAGCGGUGAUAAAGAUGAUGACUUUUUGACCUCUCAGCGUUCUCGUCUCAUAACGGGAGAGGGUCUUGGAAGCCAAAAGAGUGAGCAGGAAGCUCAGGCUAUUCACAGAGAGAACUUGGAGAAGCUGCAAUCCAUGUCUGAGGAAGAGAUCCUGCAGGAGCAGGCGAGGCUUCUGGCUCAGCUGGAUCCCAGUUUAGUUGCUUUCUUGAAAUCACAACGUGGUAACAAUGAAGGCCAGAAAAAGGAAUUAAAAAUGGAACUGAACAGACCGGAGGAGUUUGUGGAAUCUCUGCCUGUGGCUCAGCAUGGUGUGAGAUCAUCUCUUUCCAUGCAGGAGUCAGGUCUGGAAGAACAUGUAAGGAAGGAAGAAAAUAUGAAGGUAGAAAUCAUGGAUGAUGAUCUGCCCGUGAAGCCCAGGAAGGAGUGGAUUCACAUGGACAAUGUAGAGUUUGAGAAGCUGGAGUGGAUGAAAGAUUUGCCCUCACCUCGGCAGAAGAAAACCAAAAAGGGAAUGCAAGCUCGAUUCAGUUUAAAAGGAGAAUUGAUUCCUGCAGAUGCUGAUUUGCCAACACAUCUAGGCUUGCACCACCAUGGAGAGGAGGCAGAGAGAGCUGGUUAUUCUCUGCAAGAGCUCUUUCAUCUGUCUCGCAGCCAAGUUACACAACAGAGGACACUGGCUCUACAGGUCUUAGGUCAUAUUGUUCAAAGGGCCAGGGCUGGAGAGUUUGCUUCCUCGUUGAAGGGCAGCGUUCUGCGUCUGCUGCUUGAUGCUGGCUUUCUCUUCUUGCUGCGCUUCUCGCUGGAUGAUGCAGUGGAAAAUGUCAUGGCAGCAUCUGUUGGUGCUCUCCGGGCUCUGCUGGUGUCACUUGAUGAUGAGAAAUAUCUUGAUUGGACUUUCUCAUGGUACCAAGGGAUGGCUGCAUUUCCCUUUGUCCCUAACAAUGAGGAGGAAGAAGAGGAGGAAGAUGAAGAGUUAAAUGGAACAGAGAAAUCUCAAAAUAAAAACUUAAGGGAUGAAAACAAGCCAGACCCAGAUGUGGCCCGAUAUGAUGUUGUAAAGGGACUUUUGAAGACAAGGAUCCAGCACCGGCUGAGGUACAUCCUAGAGGUGGUGCGACCUGUUCCAACAGUAGUCCUGGAUGUACUGCACAUCCUCACCCAUAUAGCAAGGCACUCCACUGAAGCAUGCAGCCAGCUGCUUGACUGUCCUCGAUUGAUUGAGACCAUUGUCAGGGAAUUCCUCCCUAUUCAGUGGGAUCCCAAAGUGGCGGAACCAGGGUUUUUGCUUACCAGUCUCCACGGAGUUGCUUGCGCCAGUGCUAUGAAGUUCAUCAGGGUCUUGGCAUCUGGAGGCCGAAAUGCAACAGCCAGGCUGCUUAACAAGUUUGAAAUGAAGAGUCGAUUAAGUCGCUUUAUCGCUGAAGAGCCUCUGGAUGUGCCUCUGCCGAGGGAGGAAGCCACGAGGCUGAGCACCGAAGCCUUCCGCCUGUGGGCUGUGGCUGCCGGCUACGGGCAGGCCUGCGACCUCUACAGUGAUCUCUACCCUGUGCUGGUGAAGAUACUGCAGUCCCUGCCUGAGUUGCUCAGUGGGAAGGGCCCUGUGGUUGAGCUGUCUGUGCAGCGAGCUGCAGCAGUGGUUACUCUGUUGACACAUGUGACACAAACAGCAGGAUACACGGCUGAGCUGCAGGCCAAGUUGAGCAGCAAUAACUCAGAAGAUAGUGAACUGAUCCCACCUCCUCCAGUAGCAUGGAGUCAAGUGUCAGGCUUACAGCCCUUCCUUGAGACAAGUCUGAAAAAAAUGCUUCAGCAGCUAUCCCAGACAGAAACUUGGCAAACUCUCCAGCCUCUAACCACGACUUGUGUGAUCUUCUUGGGAGUUUAUUACAGAGCUUACAGCCAACAGCCAUCGGUCAAUCCAGUUGACUGCUUAGAGGAACUGGAACGUUUGACAUCUGAGGUGCUGCAGCCCCUUCUCAGCCAGCCAGCCAUAGACAGCAUGUGGGACUUGCUCAGGCCAUGUUCUGCUUUGUGCAACCCUCUGUCCUGUUCCCCAGCACCGGAAUCUGUCAGCUGCAUUGCAUCUCUGAGUUGUACUGGAGGCAAACCUCCUUUGAGUCUGGUUGGCUCCAAGUCACCUUUCCCCUUCCUAACUGCCCUCUUAUUUCUCAUCAAUAACAUCACUCACAUUCACAAGGGCCUGACCAGCAAGUACAGCUCUGUGCUGAGCUUCAGAGGCUUGAAGGAUUAUCUGCAUCAAAGCUGGCAGACUGGACCUCCCUCUGUGACUCCCUCAUCUGCGUGGAUCCUGCGCCAUGAAUAUCACCUGCAGUACUUUGUGUUAGCGUUGGCUCAGAGAAUGGCAGGCACUUGUCCGGAUUACACCCAGCAUGCCUCACUCCAUCACUGUGUUGCCAUGGCAUUGCUAAGCCGUCUGUUGCCAGGGAGUGAGCAUCUGGCUCACGAGGUCCUACUGGAUCUUGCCUUUAAUCCAGAGUUUCUUCCUGAAGGGAAAGCUGGUGGGCCAGAAGCAGCUGACUUUUCUGAUAUUUUGCAUCUGGGCACCAGUGCCAAACUGGCACAGCCUGGCUCUGCAGCAGCAUUUCUUCCAAAGAUUACUCGUGGUGCCCUACUGAGAGAAUCAUACCAGAAUCUGCCUUCCAUUCGUUCCUGCUACCUCUCCAACUUUGUCCACUUGCAGCCCACCCUUAUGCGUUCUCAGGCAUCCUACCAAGGGCAGAAUUACCUCAUCCAGUCAAUGCUGCUUCCUGAGGUCAGAGGGCCCAUCCUGCCUUCAGACUGGCCAUUCUUUCCACUUAUCAGCCUGUACAACAAAGUGACAAAUGCAGAGACACGUGGGGCCAUACUGAACUCUCUCCCACUUGAUCUCAUCAACACUGUGACCUGGAACCUGCAGUGGGUCUUGUUGCUGGAAACCUGGCGUUCUAAAAUCCUCCAGAGCAUCCCAACGGCUGCCAAACUUGCACGGCUUAUGUGUGUCUUCCUCACUGGCAGUGACCUCUUUCUAGAAGCACCAAUCCACCGCUACACAACUGCCCUUCUCUCUGUGUAUUGUCAACCCAAGGUCCUGGACUCCCUGAACUUGGAUGCUCCUCUCCCUGGUUUGGCAUCCUUCCACGAUCUCUAUAUAAGUCUCCUGGAGCAAUUUGAGGGCGUGUCCUUUGGAGAUCCACUCUUUGGAGUGUUUGUUCUUCUACCUCUACAGAAGCGUUUCAGUGUUCAUCUGCGUCUCUCUGUUUUUGGGGAGCACACAAAUAUCCUGCGGGCGCUGGGAGUGCCAUUACAGCAGUUUCCUGUGCCUCUUGAGCGCUACACUUCCCCUCCUGAGGAUAACCUGAAUCUCCUGCGACUCUACUUCCGAACGCUGGUCACUGGUGCACUGCGCCACACCUGGUGCCCUGUUCUGUACGUGGUGGCCGUGGCUCAUGUGAACAGUUUUAUUUUCUCCCAAGAAAGCACAACACAGGAGACAGAUGCUGCUCGGAAAAGCAUGCUGCGAAAGACAUGGCUGUUGGUGGAUGAGAACUUGAAAAAGCACCUGCUGUACUACAGAUUGGUGAAUUCAGAGAGUCCUUUGGGAUUUGACCUUUAUGAGCAGCUCCCUCCCAUGCGACUGAGGUACCUGCAGAUAGUGACACAGAAAGAAAUUACAGAGAAUGCACCAGCACCAGACUCGUAGCAAAGCACUUGUGCCAGAAGAGGGCCAAGGUGAAGAAUAGAGAAGCUCAAUUUAUACUUCAGUGAUGAAAUUACUUUCAGUUCAGAUGGUUUUAGUGUUUCACCUGGACAUUCUUGGCAUCUUUGCCUAGUGAAGCACUAGUAGAAUGCUCCCAGCCCUGCAGAAUAUACAUGCUGUCAAGAUAUGACAGCAUGUAUGUGUGUGACCUCUCUCUGGUGGAUGUUGGAGCAUUUUCCUCCAUUCUUCUUCAAGUUGUUCUGCUUCUUCCCAGAGGAGGUGCGAAUGUGUCUGAAAGGCACGGGACUGUUAAAUAAACUGAAGGACCUGGAAAA